AUGGAAAACGGAAGCUCACUGAAAUCACCGAUCAACAUUGGUGACCUGCUCAACGGAGGAGCAGAAUUCCAAAUAGACACUGACUUCAAAGAUGACAACCAGGGCGAGGAGUACUUCAUCGACGACGAUUACGGCAGCGCGGACGAGGAUGAAGAAAAGUACAAACAACUGCUUACUCCUUGGACCAGGAGCUUCGAUGAGUUGCGGCAAGAGAUGGUGCAGUUGUCCGAGCACAUGUACAAGCGUGUCAUGCAAUCGGGAGUCGGUGAGCCGUUAUCGGGGAACAUCCGCGUUGCCAUCGACUAUAAUGCUUUCUUCGAAAAGGAGACAAAACCGUUCGACUCCACGACGUUGCGUAACAAACCGUUUCGAUACACCCUAGGAGCACCGGACGUGCUGCCUGGGUUAGACCAGGCCAUACAGACGAUGUGCAACAACGAGGAGUCGCAGUUUCUCAUAUCCUACCAUCUGUUAUUUGGCGAAGUGGGAUGUCCACCGCGCGUUAAACCUAAAGCAGAUGGGUUGUUCGUGAUACGCGUGAUAAGCUACACAGAGGUCGGGUCUGAGAAUGCGUUAGAUUCCCUCGACGAGAGCAAACCAAUUCCGUUCGGAACGGUAAAGCAGCUCGUGGAACAAACUCGCCAGUACGCAAAGCAUUGUUUCAAACGUAAUCUACUGCCGAAUGCUAUAAGCAAAUACCUGAAGGCGGUCGAUACGUUGCAGAUGUGCCAGUUGAAGGACGAGGCGGAACAAAAGGAGCAACAAGCCACGCUGAUUGCGCUUUACACUAGUCUGGCCGUGUGUUACAACCACAAGGAGCAACCGAAAGAUGCAUGCCGGAUGGUAAACGAGCUGCGUAAUUUAUGUAAUAUCAAUGAGCAUGUAAAGAUACUGUACCAAGAGGGCAAAGCACUGUACAAGUUGGGCGAAUUCGAUCGCGCUCGCCGGUGUUUGUUACGUGCGCAAAAGUUGGAACCACGUGACGAGAACAUUCAACUGGUCCUGAAGGCGCUGGACGAGAGCUCGAAAAAGUACAAAAUGGAGGAGAAACAAAUUUGGUCCCGUGCACUAGGGAUUGCGACCAGCAAACAGAAAGAAAUAUCGCACGACGAGAAUGCCUUUGUGAAAGACUUGAAGGAAUCGUUGAAGCUGUUUCUGGACGACGAAAAGUGUAACGUACUAUCACUACCAGAUGCGCUGUCAGAAAAAGAGGUCUCGAUUAUGCACUCUCUGGCGGAUGAGUUUAAUCUUAAGCUAAACAUUCACGUUACCGACAACAAAAAACAUUAUAAAUUUCAAAAGUAA